AUGGAGGUUCUGAGGGAGCUCCAUGCCUCCAUUACCGAGGCAUGUGAGGCGUCAUUCAGUAUUGCCUAUCGAAAUCUGGAGUCCCAAAAUGCCAAUCUCCAAAAAAGAACAGAAGAAGCAGAAAGGAAUGCCGCAACUGCCAGUGCGGCUCAGCAAGCUACAGAAAAUCGAAACCAAGAGCUCCAAUCACACGUAGCCGCUCUUCAGGAGCAGCUCCGCCACUUUGAAAGCAGGCCUGAAGAUCUGGAACUCCCAAAUCAACUCAGUCAUUUGGAAGAUGAGUUUGCUCCGGAGCAUGUAUUGGCAACAAUCAACCAUGACAAUGUCGACCAGUUGAAGAAAACUCUCAUGAAGAAAUACUCGGCACUCUAUGCCAAUCUUCAAACACUUUCUCAAGGCUGGGGCAGUCUCAAGGCAAAAGUUCUCCAGCAUAAGAAGAAACUGCGUCAUUGGGACAAGCAACUGGAACGAAAUGAGUUUACUCUUAUACUCAAUGGUUCACCCGUCACAUUUCGAAGAACUCAGAUUUCGAAGGAGGGAACAACGAACACGCAUAUUCCUGCAGGUACCGCAAAUUCGGUAUCUAAUGAAAGUCUCAUGAAUCGCGCAACCUCCAUUUCAUCGACCUCUACUACAACAAACCCCCCAAACAACCAAACCCGGGGUCCCUUAACCGAUACACGUGUUCAUGUCAAGACGGAAGAGCAGAGCCAGCCCAUAGAUUUGGGAGAGCACCCAGAAGAAGUGCAGAGCCAACCUGGCGUCGAUUCAAUACCAUCAGAAGCAAACUCGGACACUCUUCCUCUGUUACCCGACAUGAAGAAUCUGAAACGGAAACGGGUAGUAUCUUCUACCAACUCUUCUAAACCCAGGGAGACAAUUCCCUCGCGGUCUGGAGUCGUCAAGAACGAACCCAUUUCUUCGAGUCCGCCACGGAAUUCCAUCCAUUCCAUUGGCCAGCAUUUUCCAAGCACUCAGGAUCUGGACGCAAUUGGCCAUACUGUUCAAACGCCCACCAAGCGAAGGUCUCGAAGAAAGGCCUCUGGCCAGGGACACCAAGGGCAUGAGGACGAAUAUAGUCCUGUCAACCCGCUCCUAAAAAUGCCGGAUGAUAGAUCGUUUCAAACGCCGUCGAUUCUUAACCCCGUUGAUGGAAAUUCCAGAAUAGGUGGGCAAUCGAACAGAGAGUCCGGGAGCAAAAAGCAGAAGGUUAGGAGCCAACGUGCCACAGUGGUAAAGACCGAGGUCUGUGACUCUGAGGAGGACUGUGAUGAUCAAGCUCAAGACAGCGAACAAGCCUCGAAAAGCACCUCAGCAGCUCAACCAAAUGCAAAUUCACAUGAAAUAUCCGAACCAUCUCACGCCGACUUGCCCCAAGUUUCACACGGUGCGGCGGCUACUUCAAGUGCAAAUCGAAAUAUAGCGGAGUCUUCUAAACGCCAGCCACCAACACCGAUGGCAACCGACGAGACGGAAUCCCAAUCUCAACCAUACCCCCAAGUCAGACCCGAAGACGAACCAUACCGAUCCCUACCUCUCCACCGCCUGAACUUAUCCCAUUUCAAGAUAAAUCCAGAUGGCAACCAGGGAAUGGACUACGCAUAUAGCACCGUAGUCCGAAAGAAAGAUGAUCGCAAAUGCCUUUCCGGCUGCACGCGUCCCGGCUGCUGUGGAGAUCGCUUUCGCGCGAUGGCUCGUCUUGGAGGCCUCCCUACAAACAACCAAGAGCAGGAAAAUCAACGAAUACUGGAAGAAUACCUAGGUGAAGAACGACAUCGUCUCGAGGGACUUAGCUCAGAAGAUCGCGAGCGUCUAUUAAUCGAGGCCAAGGCUCGAGCCAUCGCCAAUCAGUACGGAAAACACCGGCAUACUCACCAGCGAGCUCGAACACCGCCGGGUUUCUGGCGAACUGAGAUGCCCGAUACGCAAGAACUAGAAGCGGACUGGGCAGCUGCGGGGAAUCUGGAGCGAGAUAAGAUUGAGGAACGAUACCGUGAGGCGAUGCGUCCGGGGGGUCUUUGGACUUGGGCGGAUGAGUGA